AUGGCGAUCGGUCAAACUCCUGAUGUUGAACACAAAUUGAAGUCCUCAGAUGACAGUCAUGACGCCGAGAUUGAUCACAUUAGCGAGCUCGCAUCACAGAUCGCCAUCCACGAUGACGGAACCACGAAGACGAUCGACGCGUUGCGGAGACGAACGCGCUAUGCUGAUCUUUCGGAUGUUGAGGAGGGGACACUGAUUGUCUUCGAUCGUUAUUAUAGGUUCAGAACAGCGACCUUGGCGAUGCGACAGUCGGAUUCGAUAUCGCAUCACACGGAGGACGACAGCAAGAACAAAAUUGUUCUCCAGGACUAUUCGUUCCUCCUCCCAGGCGCGUUUAUCGAUGUUGAAUUUGCCUUGCCUGUUGGGCACCACAAGAUCACAGAAAAUCCCGAAGGUUUUUGGGUCGUGGACAUGAUGAAAGCUGCCGGACUGGAAAUCUCCCACGGAAAAGAAUUUCCUGGCUCGAUUGAAUUGGAGCUUGUAAAGGAGAUAGGCCAAGGGAGAAUGGAUGACUGGGAUGGCAUAACCGGAGAAAGAUCAUUAGGUUUGCCUGAAGUACUUGAGCAUUACGGUCUGUGGAAAGACGCCCUCGAAGCCACAAUGUACGUCAGCUCUCAUUGA